AGUUCCAAAGUUUGAAUUAUUUCCCUUAUUCCAAGAUGGCUGCGCCCAUGGAAAGCACACCGACUGUUGUCAAAGCUAGUGUUAAUAGGAAGAUUAUCAAAGGAGCUGGUCCAAGACGUGCUGCCCACCAGAUUCCUGAGGAUAUUCUCAAUGAUGUAAAGCUACAAGAAGCUAUCAAACAGCUACCAGAUAACUACAAUUUUGAGAUAUUUAAGACGAUAUGGAGGGUACGGACAACACAAGCCAAGAGAGUUGCACUCCAGUUUCCCGAGGGAUUGUUACUGUUUGCCUGUACUAUUGCUGACAUCAUUGAGGAAUUCACAGAGGCGGACACACUAAUCAUGGGUGAUGUGACAUAUGGAGCCUGCUGUGUCGAUGACUUCACUGCCAGGGCUUUAGGGGCGGAGCUUAUGAUUCAUUAUGGACACAGUUGUCUAGUUCCGAUAGACAGGACUGAAGGGAUACAGAUGCUGUAUGUCUUCGUGGACAUCAAAAUUGACACAGCUCACUUCUUGGACACACUCCAUCACAACUUCUCACCUGGUUCUCACCUAGCCCUCGUCAGUACCAUUCAGUUUGUGGCAGCUUUACAGUCUGCAGCUAACGAGCUAAAGACUGAGUUCCAGGUCACUAUUCCACAGUCCAAACCGUUGUCACCAGGAGAAAUUCUGGGGUGUACAUCUCCCAAACUGUCACCAGAUGUCACUGCUCUAAUUUACCUAGGAGACGGCAGGUUUCAUCUUGAGAGCGUCAUGAUCAGUAAUCCACAGAUUCCUGCCUACAGGUAUGAUCCAUACAGCAAGAUAUUCUCAAGAGAGUAUUAUGAGACGGAAAAGAUGCAUACUGUACGGAAGCAGGCCAUAUCUCGUGCAGCUCAGAGUGGAAAGUUUGGUGUGAUACUUGGCACACUGGGGCGUCAAGGAUCGCCAAAGAUUUUACAGUCUAUUCAGCAGAAGCUAAAGGAAAACGGGAAAGAAACCAUUUUGGUGUUGUUGUCAGAAAUAUUCCCGCAGAAGUUACAGCUCUUUCAAGGAGUGGAUGCAUGGGUACAGGUGGCCUGUCCUAGGUUAUCCAUUGACUGGGGAUUAGCCUUCAAGAAACCUUUAUUGACACCAUAUGAGUUGUCUGUUGCUAUGGAUUCCAUAAAGUGGCAGCCAACAUACCCCAUGGACUUCUACGCAAAUGACAGCCUGGGACCGUGGACAGUUAACAAUGAACUGCAUCGUCCUAUCAGACAGAAACCACGAUCCACUAAACAAACGGUUAACAAAAUUACGAAACCAGCUUCCAGUGGUUUGAGUGAUUCUCUUAUGAAACAAGGACAGCUAACUCCUGCUGCUUGUGGGUGUUCUGGACUAAGUGACAAUGUGCCUGACAGUGAACACACUUGCUGUAGGUUACAGGGUCAGGCAGGUCAUUGCUGUAAUUUACAGGGUCAGAGUUCACAGUUGGACAGCAAAGAAAGCAGUGAUACAGGAACAUAACUUGUGUGAAAAUAACUGAUCCACUUUUGAAAUGUGAUAAAUAAUAAAUAAAU